AUUCUAGUCCAACUGAUAUCCAGAAACAAGGGAUUGCAGCAGCUCUCAGAGGGUGUGAUGUACUGGGAGCUGCCAAGACAGGAUCUGGAAAAACUCUUGCAUUCCUGAUACCUGUCAUUGAAACACUGUGGAGGCAAAAGUGGUCAUCCAUUGAUGGAAUGGGAGCACUGAUCAUAUCCCCAACAAGAGAAUUGGCUUACCAAACAUUUGAAGUUAUUGUCAAAGUUGGAAGCAGACAUGAUUUAUCUGCUGGAUUGGUCAUUGGAGGAAAGAAUCUUAAAGAGGAACAAAGUAGAAUCAGUAAGACAAAUAUUGUUGUGUGUACUCCUGGGAGACUACUUCAGCACAUGGACGAAACACCUAAUUUUGAGUGCGCCUCUCUUCAAGUACUUGUGUUGGACGAAGCAGAUAGAAUACUUGACAUGGGGUUUGCCUCRACAUUAAAUGCAAUCAUUGAGAAUCUACCGACAGAGAGGCAGACAUUACUAUUUUCUGCAACACAAACAAAGUCAGUUAAGGAUCUGGCAAGACUAAGCUUAAAG